AUGGAAGCAGUAACAAAGCUGCUACCCGACGACGUGCUCGCGGACAUCCUCCGCCGUCUCCCGCCGCACAGCCUCACGGCGUCACGCUGCGUCUGCAAGGCGUGGCACGCCAUGAUCGACGCCGGGCACCUGCUGCGGGCAGACCUCCUUCCGCACACGCUCGGCGAGAUCUUCAUAUACUUCCGCUUCCUACCAUUGUUUUGGGUCUCGGAGCUCUUCCGUCCGUCGACCAGGACCGCGGUCUCCGGCGACCUCAGUUAUAGCUCGAACACCGCCGUCAGGGAGCACUGCAACGGCCUCGUCCUACUACUCUCCCACAUGGUGGUCAACCCUGCAACGCGGCAGUGCGCGCGGUUGCCGCCGCUGCCACCGCUGCCCUCGCGCGCCGGGAUGGAGGAUUUCUACGUCUUGGGAGGAGACAAGUUUCUGGUGUUCGAUCCUAGUGUCUCCCCUCACUACGAGGUGGUAUCGAUCCCUCUCGUUCCAUUUGAGGAGAGGCUGGGCCGGAUGCCCAGGGAAUCGGAGUGGCCGCCGUCGCCGUUCGACCUGCCCGUCUACUCGUCGGACACGAAGCGGUGGGAGGAGAGGGCGUUCGUCCGGCAAGGAGGCGCCGCGGGAACCAUCGCCGGCAUGCUGGAGGAGGACAGGCUAGACCUGGACGUGAAGCUCUACGGCGUGUACCUGCGCGGAGCGCUCUACGCGCAGAUCCAAAUUAAAACGACUUCUGCUGCAGGAUAUCUAUGGCGGACCGUAAGUAUCGGGUGAUCCGCCCUCCGGCGGGCAUGGAGACGGC